GGCAGGGACAGGCUCUGCCCUGGGCACCAGCCCCAUAUGUGAUGGGGCCUGCAGCAGCUCUGCAGGUCCAAAGGGCAGAUGUUUCCCCUAUUGAUCAGGCUGGGAUUUGGGCUGGGAGUGGUGGAGGGUGCUGAGUGUGGCUGUACAGAGCCUGCUUCUCCUCCUCAAACCCACAAACUUUUUAGAGCAAAUCUUUUCUGACUGCACCCUCCAUGGGCAUCUUCACAAGAAAUCCAUCCUCUUGUGGUGGGCUCUUCCCUCUCCCAGGCUGAACAGUUCACUUCAGAAUGUAAAUGCUGUGGAUUCCCAAAGUGGCUCCAGGUGCCACAGAGAUCACUUAUUCCCUUUUGUUUAAAGCCAGCAGGGAGGGUGGCUCUGGAGAUCAGAUAAAUCAAUGGCACCAUUUGGGAAGCCACUGCUGUGAAGUGAACUCCAGGUUAUUCUCUGCUGUAGGAUGGAGGGUGGUGGGAGAGCCCACAGUGCCAUUGUUGGCUGGGCCUGCACGAGCCUGUGCUUGGUGUCCUGCGCGGCCGCCUUCUCGCAGGGCGCCAGCCGCUCCGCCUGCAGCAACAUGAUGCCCAGGCACCUGAGGGUGCAGCUGCACAGCUCCAACAGCAACUACGUCACCGUCCACACCAACAUGUCCUUCUUCUUCCCGGGAGACAAGGUGCCAGUGACAGUAAGAAGCACCCGGGAUUACAUGGGCUUUAUGCUGCAAGCACGCAAAGUGUCCAACAACGAAAUCGCUGGCACGUUCAUCUUCCUGCCUCCUGGUUCCAAGCUGCUGAAUUGUUUUGAAGAUGGUGACACUGUCACACACUCGGACAAGUCACUGAAGAGAAACCUGUCCUUCGUAUGGAAAGCACCAGACCAACCCAUUGGAGACAUCAAGUUUUUCAUCUCCAUAGUCCAGUCAUACUUUGUUUACUGGGCAAAGAUUGAAUCUGCUGUUGUGGCUCAGGGAGGGCAAAACAAGACUCUUGCUGACAAGAAGCCUGAGGCUGUAGCCCCCACGGCCCUGCAGGGACCAGCUGACCCUCACCCCACAGGUAUGGCGAGCAAACUUUGUUCUUUCUUACCAACACCCCCUGCAGAGUAUAUAUUUGGUUGUAUUUAUGCAGCCUCUGGUCCCAUCUCUCCUGCAGCUGCCACUGGCUCCCUGCUGCCUGCCAGCCCCACUGCCAUAGUGGUAACCCCAGCACCAGAGCCGGGUUUUGGUGUGGGGUUGGAGACUGAGCCAAAGCAGCCGGGCCGGACUUUGUGGGCUGUGCCCGGCAGGAGUAUCCGGUCCAGAGGCCGGGGGCUGGAGCUGUCCCUUCCCACCCAAGAUGUUGGAAUGGUGGAUGCCUUGCAAGGUUCCCUCUCCCAGGACAAUGCCUCCAGCUACAGCACCUCCAAUGGAAGCAUUGCCAGUGCUGCUACCCUACACUUGUGUUUGAUGUGUACAGGCAACAGGAAGGGCAGCACUGAGAGUGGGACCAUCUUGAAAGCCUCCCUUCGUGUGACAGUGUCUCCCUCUGCCCCGCACGUACGCACGCACCUGGGCACCAUUGCUGCAACCACAGCCCGGCCUGGUGAUGCCAGCACUGCUGGCAAUUUGUCCUUGGCCUCAAGGCAAAUGGCAGGAAGAGAGUUGGCACCGCAGCCAGAGGGGGCAGGCACCAGGGCCGAGGAGGACAAGGAUGAGCAGGAAGCAGCUGGGAAUACCCUGCCAUGGGUGACCAGGCCUGCUCCCGAAUCUGCUGUUCCUGGAAUAGGGGAAGGCCCUGGCAGAGGAAGCCGACUCCUUGCAGCCCAGCUUGGCCUCCUCCUGCUCUGCACGGCCGCGCUGGGGCUGGCGCUGGCAGCUGCCGUGCGGUGUGCGUGUGCCCAGCAGUGCCACAAGCGCGCCGAGGUGACCUUCAGCGAGCCCGAGCCCGACGUCAUCACCAUCACGGAGCACGGGGCGGUGAUGCGCUUCCGAAGGACGCGGGACAACGGCCUCGUGCUGCUGCCAGCCCAGUGCAACUGGGUCAGCCCCUCGAGCAGCACGAGCAGGACCGUGCUGCUUUAGUCCCUCUUUGUGCUGCCAUGCAGGCAAACAAACCCCAAGCAGCCAGGUCAGACAGAGGUGUUAGGCAAAAGUACCUAAACUACAGCUGCUGGGGAAAUUGAAGCUGAUAGAUUGCUCAGUGUGUUACACUUACUGCAAUUAAUAUUGUAUAUCUGCUCAUUAGCUGUCACUGUGGCAGUGACAUACACUUCUACUGUUGCCUUAAGGGUGUAGCCAAAAAUAGAAAUUCUUUCUCUGCACUGUGGUAUUGACUCCUGUUUAAUCUCAGAAAAAAAGUUUCUAGUGUUGUAUUUCUUCCUAGGAACUACAAACCCAACCAUUCUCAUUUAAGAGCUUACAGGUAUGACUCUGUGCACUUGGUAUCCCUCAGAUGACAAAUAUUUGCCACAAGAUUUCAAGUUGCAAUUUGAAAAUAAAAAGCAAUAACUCAUUAGUGGAGAACAUUGAUCCCAAGAAUGCUGAAUUGAUCCAUGGAGUGAAACACAGGAUGGCAGACACCAGCUUUUGGGGGUGAAACAUGCCUCCUCAUCAGGUGCAAAUGGAAGAAAAUCUUUCCUGUCCAUUUGCACCUGAUGAAGAAGCUUGUUGAAGCCUGACCGCCAACAUUUAUUUAGUCUUUUACUUUGCGUCAGCUCAGUGACACUGUGCAGAAACACAGACUGAGAAUACCCUUCCCAGGUCAUUUUGGAGAUGCCUUGCAAAGGAUGCAUGGAAAGUUAACAACAUCCUUGUGUUCUCAGUUUGUGCAAACUUCUCUCUGACCCUGUGGUUUUCUGCAGGAGACCCCUAAAGCAACUCUUGGAAAACAGCAUGAUUCUGGACACCUCCUAAGAAGGAGAGGUGACAACAGCAAGGGUAAAGUUUUAUUUUACUGCAGCUUUAAAAGAGCCAGAAACAGAUCUGAUAAUGAUACUCUUGAGAUGUACAUUUUAGAGCCUUUCAGAGAGCAGGAACUGACUCCUCUGGUGUCCUUUUCUAGAGUGGAUCAGCUCAGAGCUGAUCAUUCCCAAGCCAUGUAGUGGGGAACAAACUUACAUUUUGGUGCUGCAGCCUAACUCUCAGCCCACAGCAAUCCCCCUGAACCAAGCAGAUACUGCCAGGACUCUGAUGGUUCACCCAGCCUUGCUGGUGACAACUUCCCCUCUGUCAGGAGGGCCCUGUGGCCGUCUCCAACUGCUGCCCAUCUCCAUGCUGGAUAGUCAGUCAAAGCCCUGCUCCCACAUCCUCCCUUGCCUCACCACUGACUGCAGAGGAGACAGGUGGGACAUGAGUUCUGCUCCAGCUCCAGCGUGAUGCACAGAGUGCAGCUUUUGCUAACAGUGCUUCUAUCAGCAUUCAGAAGGAGCUGGUUUCUGACCAUACUGCUGCACUAUGAUUUGUGCUGCACACAUGGACAAGGCUUUUUCAACUCCACUUCUAGGCCUGGGCAAAAGAAAUGAGUAAGAAAAGAAGUGUACUCACAAAUGCAGCUUGCAGAGAUGAGCUUGAUGCUCUUAACCAGGGCACUUUGAAGAGAAGGGCAACUACACCAUAGCCCUUUGCUGCAAAGAAAACAGGGGUAGGGCUGUUAUUGAAAAGACAAAUUUUGAUUUAGGACUCAGAAGGAUGCCAGGUAAAUGGUUUUAUAUUCACUAAUUGAGUUUAUGCCCUACCUCCUAGUAAGUCUCCUGGUUUUUAAGCACACAUGUAGACACUUACAAUGGCAUUCCUCUCCUGUGUCAUGUGCCUUAGAAAGAAAUCAUGUUUCUGUAACCCAGUGCAGCUGAACUGUGUAGUGACUAAACCAGACUGCAUUCAAGUCAUUGUUAAUGCAGCCAAAAAAAAUCCUAAUUAAAUGAGAAAAUAGGUCAACAAAUUCUUAAAUAUUUAAAGAACUAUCACAUAUUAUUUAAAAAAGUUUCUUGUGAUGGCAUAGCUGUUUAUGAAUAAAUUACAAAUACCUGUGGCCUCUUUCACUGUUUCUCUAGGAUUAAUGUUACCAGACUGCUCUGGCUACAAAACCAGAACCUUCCUCUCCUCAGCUCUUUCCCCACAGCCCAGCUCUGCUUCUUUCUAGGCUGACUAGAGCAAGAGAAGGCCUCAUGGAGGUGUUUGAUUGGGAGAGUGGCACUUCAACACCAUUCUGCCUUCUGCCAAACUCUGCUUUCUGCUAAAUUGAUGUGUUCCAGUAUUAUUAGUAGUAAGACCAGUAAUGGUGAGCUCUGAGGGACACAGCUCCUCUGAAUUAGUAAUGAGUUUUGCUACUUUGCAGCUCUCUUGGCUGAGCCUAAAGUGCCUGUGUCUUUUUCUUGACUUCUGAAUGAUGUUCUG